GGUACUGGGAAUCGGGCUGGGGGCGGCCACAAUGCUACGUUAUACUAUAACACUGUGUCAUACGGCGUGCUACCUUGCUGAAUGGAAGGGGAGUUUCACUCUGGGCUAAUGCGCGAAACAUAUACCCCGAUGCAGAGUUGACUAUUCCCAUUCUGAGUGUUAUUGAUGCACGACAUCACUCCGCUGUUUCCGCAAUGCAGAUGGUGUUUCUAGAAAGAUGCACGGUAGAUUUUCCAUGGCUCGUUUUAGGAGUGGUACUUUGUCUCCCAGAUUUAUGAUUCGUGGAAGAGAAAUAAAGAAUCACGAUCCAGAAGCAGCGCCAAAAGUCUAUACAAUGUUAGCAUGACCUAGAACUCUUGUCACAGACGUGCUUAACUACCGGGAAAAUGGUGUCAAUGAAAUUGUAUGGCUUUUCCUUUACUGCCACGAAAGCAGCAAAAGCGCAAAGCAAGAAAAAGUACUUAACCCUUAUUACUAAACAAUGAUAGAUAAGCUUAAGCGGCCCCACAUUAAAUAAGGUUACCCCAAAGUUCAGAUAUUUUCUGAUUGGCUGGAAGCCCUGCCAGAGGCAAGCCAGCAUCUCGGCUUGUUUUCUGCACGAGAAGGAGUGUCAUCUGCUUGCAUCCCUCUGCAUUGCAUUCAGCCUGUUAAAAGGGGGGGGACUGCACAUUUUUCUUCAUCGGCUACCAUAAACAUACUCGCUUUCCCUCCCGACGUCAUGGAUAGGUCCUCGGGUAGUCUAUCUACAGGAGAGAUGAGCCCGGAGGCUCAUCUCCAGGGGACUGAGCUGGCAGAGGCUCCCGACCUGGAACUACUGGCGGUCAUGGGUUAUAAGCAGGAACUUCGCCGACAUUACUCCACGAUUCAGGUGUUUGCUAUUGCCUUUAGUAUUAUGGGAUUGCUGCCGUCCAUUGCAUCGACGCUGUCCUUUUCCGUGCCUGCGGGGCCAGCGGCUAUGGUUUGGGGCUGGUUCACUGCCUGCUUUUUCAUAUUCAUAGUUGGAAUCGCUCUGGCUGACCUCGGCUCCGCGCUCCCAACAUCCGGAGGAUUGUAUUGGUGGACACACCACUUCGCCGCAGACAAGUGGAAGAACCCCCUUAGCUUUCUCGUUGGUUACAGCAAUACCAUAGGCCUCAUUGGCGGUAUAUGCUCGGUCGAUUACAGCUUCGUGCUCAUGGUAUUCGCCAUCGUCUCGUUCGUUCGGGACGGUGAAUGGAUGGCUUCAAGAAGUCAGAUAUAUGGCGUUUAUGCCGCUACCAUAAUAAUCCACGGCAUACUUGCAAUACUGGCAGCCCCAAUCAUGCAUCGUAUACAGUCAGCCUGUAUCGUUGCCAAUGUUGGUCUAGUACUAGCAACUGUUAUUGCAUUGCCGAUCGGAAGAUCAAGAACCGCGGAAGGUAUCAAUUCUGCAGCCUAUGUUUUCAGCCACGUAGAGAACCAUACUUCAUGGCCAACAGGAUGGGCAUUCAUGCUCUCGUGGCUCUCACCCAUCUGGUCCGUCGGUGCUUUUGAUUCCUGUGUCCAUAUGAGCGAAGAGGCCAUGAACGCUGCCAAAGCUGUUCCCUAUGGAAUCUUGGGGGCCAUUGGUGCAUGUUGGUCCCUUGGUUUUCUAUCUCUUUGCAUCAUCGCCGCCUGUAUAAGUACCGACUUAAGCUCGGUCCUCGAGAGCCGGUUUGGUCAGCCGAUUGCCCAGAUAUACUAUGAUGCUCUGGGGAGAAACGCAGCAAUAGGGUUUAUGGUGGCCAUGGCAACAGUCCAGUUUUUCAUGGGUUUAAGCAUUGUGAUCGCGGCAUCUCGACAGACAUGGGCCUUUUCCCGUGAUGGUGCUCUCCCAUUCUCAAACUACAUGAAGGUAGUCAGCAGGAGAUUCCGUUAUCAACCAGCGCGCGCGGUAGUGGGAGUCACCAUCACGUCAGUCAUACUUGGCUUGCUUUGCCUUAUCAACAGCGCUGCCACAAACGCACUAUUCUCGCUAACCGUCGCCGGAAACAACGUUGCCUGGGCGACUCCGAUAUUCUGCCGUAUAUUCUGGGGCCAGAACAAGUUCAAGCCUGGUGCAUUUUACACAGGCCGGCUCAGCACACCAAUCGCCAUCCUGGCACUCGCGUAUCUCUCUUUCUCAGUCACUCUGUCGAUGUUCCCAACCGCCGGGCCAGCACCAUCCCCGGACGCCAUGAACUACACUGUCGUGAUCAACGGGUGUGUCUGGGUCGGUUCGCUGUUGUACUAUUUCGUAUCAGCCAAAAAUUGGUUCCAUGGGCCACAGAGGACUCUAGGCCCAGCAUCAGUGUCUCUUGAAGGGAGCGAAGACAAAGAGAAGAGAUGA